UGUGGAACAGAGUACGCGGAUUGAGUAGUGAAACAGCCAAUCAGUGGCGACUUCGUGUUUCUCCCGGAAGCCCCUUCCUGAAAUCCAUGAAAGGAAGUAGGCGGGACGACGUGAUAGUUGGAGUGCAGUUUGAUUUCAAGCUGGAGAAACAAAUCCCAGCUGGAAAAAGAGAGAAACAUAAAGCCUUCAUUUACUGUAACAACUGGAUGGAUGUGAUUACGGAGAUGUGUGACACAAAUAUCAUGGAGAGAUGGACUGCAGGUGUCAAGCAAGAGGACUGUGAAUGGGAGUUUGAUCACCUUAAACAGCAGAGCCUGGACAUUAAGGAUGAGGAGUGUGAACUGGGAUCAGUGGACAUUAAAGCAGAGGCUGAAGAGAACUCUGUCAUCAUUGAAGAACACAAAAAUAAAAGUGUGGAGAGUGUCAAGGAAGGCUACCUUCAUCAUAGGUGUAAAGAUAGAGCAAUGACUGGGUUAGUCUCUUCUGAGAGCAGACCAUGCUCAUCUGGCAAUGUGAUGUCUGAAUCAUUACAGUCUGUUACAGGGGGAAUUGAGGAACAUUCAUCUGUUGGAACUCAGAAAGAUGACACACCACCUACAAAGCAGUCUGAUAAAGCUCCUCAUCUGCACAGAUCCAGGCAGCCUGCUAUCUUCAGGCCAUCAUCUGCUCUGCUUUCAUCAGGAUGUAACAUGGCAAAGAGAAGACUGCAGGCCUCCGUCUUUAUUAUCCCUUCUGGGACCAAUUGAAUAGCUCCGGCACGGCCCACCCCAACACCUCAAGCAAUUUUGUUUCUUACCAGCAUCCUUCACAUAAAAAAACCAAGAAAGGAAAUGCAAAUCAUUAAGCAAUAAAACUCUCCCUCUCUGUCAAAGGUGGCCAGAGGUUCAAUCAUUAAAAAAAACUGCAUUCCUAAAGCUUUGGGGAGGCAGAGAAACAAAAGGAACUGUUAUGUCCACUGUCCUUGCUCUUUAAACAUUAUAACAAGUAAAAUGCUAAUUCUACAAAUAAAGAUGUACAAAAAAUGUUUCAAUUUAUAGGCAACAUAUCACUCCACCAGAAUCGAAUGUAUUUAAAGGCAAAAAAAAAGAAAGAGCAGUUACUGGUUUUACGUUGCACUGACUGGCUUUGUGUUACUUAAGAUGGGCUGCAGGAUUUUACAGAUCUGUUUUUGUACAAAGCUUUCCAGAUUAGCCAAUAUACAUUUGUAAAUUAGUUAAUGUGUGUUAUUAGUUCAACUGUCAUCAUUCUCUCUGUUAAACACCCCCCAUUUUUUAAAGAUUUUCAUUUAGCUACUGUGUUAACUAUACCAUAUGCUGCUUUGCUUUAA